CCAGGACCUCCUCUCUCCCCUGCACACCACUCCUCUCUCUCCCCUCCCCUCCCCUCCCUUGCUCCCUCCCGAUUUCAUCCCCAAUCCUGCAGCAAAUCGGCCCUCGCAAGCAGUCCAUCCAAGAGAGAGGCGAUUCGAUUCCAUCUGAUUCGACCUCGCGUGCGGAGAGGAGGAGGAGGAGCGAUGAAGAAGAUCUUCGGGGCCAAGAAGAUCCAGGACCCGCCGCCGUCCAUCCAGGACGCCACCGACCGGGUAUGCAUCUCAUACUACCUUCGAUUGGAUGGACGCCACCGACCAGGUACACAUCUCAUCCAGGACGCCACCGACCGAAGAGAACACAUGGAGAGAGAGAGGAAAAGCUCAGCAGCGGCGAUGGCGAGCGGCGGAUUCAUGGCUAAGAAGGAGCUCGGCGAGACCCACGAUGUGCUCCGCUUCGGCGUCAAUGACAGCGUUCGCGGCGACCUCGCGCCGGUGCACCCCGUCCAGACCGCCAUCCACAAGGAGAACAAGUUCUGGGACGAGAAGAAGAAGUUCGGGACCAAGGCCAUCUACGGAUCCGCCUUCAACAUCCGCAAGGAUCUCGAUGCCCAGAUCCUCUCCAGUUUUUCUACGGGGACAAUCCGAUGGAAGAGGAAUUAUGCCUUGUGGACAGUGGUACCACAAACUCCAUACUGAGGGAGAUAAAAUAUUUCCAAACUCUGAAAAAGAUGAAUGGAGAUAUUCUAACUAUCGCUGGACGCGAUAGAGUGAUUGUUGGUACUGGACGUGCCAUAUUCACACUCCCAAAUGGUACACAAUUGGCAAUAGAGGAUGUUUUAUUGUAUCCUGACUCAUCACGUACCCUGAUCAGUUAUCGAGUUAUCCGUAAGAAUGGUUUUCAUAUUGAAACCCAUGAAGACAACAAAGAGGAGUAUUUACUCUUUACUAAAGAUCACGGAUAUGGCAAUAAGGUACAUGAAAAAAAUUCCUUCUUUAUCGUCUGGUUUGUACUAUACGUACAUCAAACCCGUGGAACAUGUUGCAUACAAAGUAAUUUUUUAGAAUGUUGACGCAUUCCAAACCUGGCAUGAUCGCCUGGGCCAUCCCGGAAUCGCGAUGAUGAGAAAAAUUACUAGCAAUUCCAUUGGUCAUAAUUUGCUUGAGUCAAAAUUUCAUCAAUCUUCUGAUUUUGUGUGCACAUCUUGUGCCACGGGAAAGCUAAUUUUGUGGCCCCAGCAUCUCGAAAUACAAGCUGAACCACUUCAGUUCCUUGAACGUAUUAAAGAAGACAUUUGUGGUCCUAUUCAGCCAUUAUCUGGACCAUUCCGGUAUUUCAUGGUUCUGAUUGACGCAUCUACAGGAUGGUCACGUGUGUGUCUUCUGUCCACACGAAACCAUACAUUUGCCAAAAUAAUGAGGCAAGCCAUUAAGUUGCAAGCCCAUUAUCCUGAAAGUCGAAUUAAGACGAUUCGAAUGGACAACGCUGCAGAAUUCUCCUCACGUGCUUUCAAUGAUUAUUGCAUGGCUUUGGGGAUUGAAGUUCAACACUCUGUUCCAUAUGUCCAUACACAAAAUGGUUUGGCUGAAGCAUUAAUUAAGAAGAUUAAACUCAUUGCAAGACCUUUGUUGAUGAAUUGCAACUUGCCAACCUCUUGUUGGGGUCAUGCAGUUUUACACGCUGCUGACUUGAUACAAUUGAGGCCAACUGCAUAUCACAGUUCUUCCCCUCUGGAAUUGGUACGUGGAAAUCCUCCUAGCAUUUCCCAUCUGCGUAAGUUCGGAUGUGCUGCAUACAUCCCGAUCUCACCACCACAGCGGACAUCUAUGGGCCCACAUAGAAAGUUGGGGAUCUAUGUGGGGUACAAAUCACCAUCGAUUAUCAAGUACCUGGAACCCCUAACUGGGGAUCUGUUCACAGCCCGUCACGCUGAUUGCAUAUUUAAUGAGGAACAUUUUUCGGCAUUAGGGGGAGAUUUCAAGUACCAGAAAGAAUGCCCGGAAAUUGAUUGGAAUGCUCAUACCAUUUCA